GGCCCACCGCGACGACGCCGCGUAAAAUAUUUUUGUUUCCUCGCAUUCGUUAGAGAACCGCGGCAAUUGUUUGUUUUUAUGUGUGGUGCGCGUCCCAGGCGAAUGCAAACGAGUCCGCGACUUCAAUUGCUGAACGCCUAACGCCGCCAAGGAAAGAAAAUAACAGUAAUGCGAAAGACCCGCUCGCAGACGGCUCGCACGCAGGCGGAAAAUGCCGCAACAUCCUCGAGCCCAGGGCACCAAUCGACGUCGUCCGCGCCAAUAGCAGUUAAUCCCUUUGAUGCCAGCAAGUACAAGGAAUGUGAGCAAAUGGUGCAGAUGCUUCGAGUGGUCGAGCUGCAAAAAAUCCUGUCGUUUCUGAACAUCUCAUUCGCUGGACGAAAAACCGACCUGCAGAGCCGCAUCCUCUCGUUCUUGCGCACCAACUUGGAUCUGCUUGCCCCGAAGGUCCAGGAAGUCUACGCCCAGUCCGUGCAGGAACAAAACGCCACGCUGCAGUACAUCGACCCAACCAGGAUGUACUCGCACAUCCAGCUGCCGCCCACCGUGCAGCCCAAUCCGGUGGGCCUUGUGGGCAGCGGCCAAGGCGUGCAGGUGCCCGGCGGCCAGAUGAAUGUGGUCGGCGGCGCACCCUUCCUCCACACACACAGCAUUAACAGCCAGCUGCCCAUUCACCCUGAUGUGAGGCUGAAGAAGCUAGCCUUCUACGAUGUACUCGGGACACUGAUCAAACCUUCAACCCUGGUGCCACGCAACACUCAGCGCGUCCAAGAGGUGCCUUUCUACUUUACACUAACGCCGCAGCAGGCCACCGAGAUUGCCUCCAAUCGCGACAUCCGCAACAGCUCCAAGGUGGAGCACGCCAUUCAGGUGCAACUGCGCUUCUGCCUUGUAGAGACUUCAUGCGACCAGGAGGACUGCUUCCCGCCGAACGUAAACGUUAAGGUGAACAACAAGCUGUGCCAGCUGCCUAAUGUCAUUCCUACAAACCGACCAAAUGUGGAACCCAAGCGUCCGCCGCGACCCGUUAAUGUCACCUCCAAUGUAAAGCUGUCACCUACCGUUACCAACACCAUCAUGGUGCAGUGGUGUCCGGACUACACGCGUAGCUACUGCCUGGCCGUAUACCUGGUAAAGAAGCUUACCUCAGCACAGCUUUUGCAGCGAAUGAAGACCAAGGGCGUAAAACCGGCAGAUUACACGCGUGGCCUGAUCAAGGAGAAGCUAACUGAGGAUGCUGACUGCGAAAUAGCCACCACAAUGCUAAAGGUGUCGCUUAACUGCCCAUUGGGCAAGAUGAAAAUGCUGUUGCCUUGUCGAGCAUCAACCUGCUCCCAUCUGCAAUGCUUCGACGCCAGUCUCUACCUGCAAAUGAAUGAGCGUAAGCCCACAUGGAACUGCCCCGUAUGCGACAAGCCGGCCAUUUAUGACAACCUGGUCAUAGAUGGCUACUUCCAGGAGGUGUUGGGAUCGUCGCUUUUAAAGAGUGACGAUACUGAGAUUCAACUUCAUCAGGAUGGAUCUUGGAGCACACCAGGACUACGGAGCGAGGCGCAGAUCCUUGAUACGCCUUCAAAACCCGUUCAAAAGGUUGAGGUUAUAUCAGAUGACAUAGAACUUAUUUCGGACGACGCCAAGCCAGUAAAGAGCGAUUUGUCUCCCGCACCCGACGAGCAGCCAACAUCCACGUCAAACAGUGAAACUGUUGAUCUAACGUUAAGCGAUUCAGACGACGACAUGCCGCUGGCUAAGCGUCGUCCACCCGCCAAGCAAGCCGUCGCCAGUUCCACGUCGAACGGCAGCGGUGGCGGCCAACGUGCCUACACCCCGGCACAGCAGGCCCAGCAAUCCGAAUCCCCAGAACAGCACUCCCGUCGCCAAUCGACAGAGAAGCAGCCAGUCUCAGACCAGCAACUGCAGCAGCAACAGCACGAGCAGCCAGCGGCGGCAGCCGUCCAUGCCUCCCUCCUGGAAUCCCUGGCUGCUGCGGUCGCGGAUCAAAAGCACUUCCAACUGUUGGAUCUGGCUGCGGUUGCGGCUGCUGCAGCUGCUACGGCGUCCUCCGGCCAGACCCAAAAUGCCGGCCCGUAGGCAGGACUCACAUCUCACACAUUAUCGCACGGCUCGCACAUCGAUGUUAUGGUCCCUGAUUUGGCCUGCCCAGUUGUUGUUUUCCGUUCCUCUUCCAAUGGCGCACGGCCACAUGUUACCUUAGAGGCUAUUCUUCGGCGUUCCAUUCCCAAUCACCUCAUUAUUCAUACUCUCUCAAUCGCGACCCACCAACUGAUGCUUGUAAUUCUUGUGUUGCAGGACGCAGGCAGAACAGACAGGUUUUAUAGGAGAGGGUGCCCUGUUCCCGAGUGCAUCCAAGUGCUCCUCCAUCGGCCACAUUGUUCCUGCCCCUUUUCAAAUGGCUCACCUUAAACACUUUGCUUAUGUCCUCUGUGUAUUUCAUUCGUGUCGUCUUGAGUAGUUGGGUUAAGCUUUGCCAGGGCUCUCAGCAACACACACCACACACCAACUGAAAUAAUCCUAGAUAUAAAAAUACCACAAACUAGCACCAGCAUUAAUUAGCAAUUACUAUAGGAAACGCAAAUAAUUUAUUUUCUAUUGAAGCGGUCUGCGCAAUGAUUACAGCGGAGUUCGAAGAAAUUAAUGGCCCUAUGCACUACUAACAAUAAAACUAAGACUAAGCGUACACCUAAAUCAGAUGUUAGUCAUAAGCCCUGCCUAUGCGAGUUGGACCUAUUCCUAUACCUAAACUCGAAGCGAGAGGAAGCAGACGGCGGCCAGCCGCGCCACCGACAUUAAGUUAGUUAAGUUAUUUUAGUUGAACUAAGGAUUCUGUUCGGAUUGGAGGCGGUGUUGUGUGGAGUGGAGUUGGAGGGUGCUGCUGUCCUCGCAUUUGAAUUGCGUUGCAAGGCAGGCAUUAAAGGUCCAUAGUAUUGGAAACAAACAAAGGCGUUUUUAUAAAUGAAAUCAAUUGGAAACGACGAAUUAGGUAUGUUACGGCGUCUAGCUAGACGCUCGGUUGAAAAAGCCCCUGACAUUUGUUGGUGUAUUUAAGCUCAAACCGUUCCACCACGGACUUAUAUAUUAAGAUUUUAAAUUGAACAAUGCUUUGACUAUGAUUCGAUGCAAACCCUUCUAAAUAUCUGAACGAACAAAUAUGAAAUCAAUGUACAAGGAGAUGUGUACUUUAACUAUAUUAUUAAACAAUUUUCAACCAA